UCCAUUUGGUACGCUCCAAGAUGGCGGCCCCCAUGGUGCGGUGUGGGAUGCUCCUGGCUCGGGGAAUAUCCGCGUCUCGCCUUUCCUUGGCAGGUAAAAGAUGCCUGCUCUCCGCAGCAUACGUGGACAGCCGCCAGUGGGAAGCCAGAGAGAAGGAGCAAUGCCACCUGGCUGAUCUUGCAUCCUUAAUGGACAAAGCAUAUGAAAGGAAGUUGCCUGUUAGUUCUUUAUCAAUAUCUCGGUUUGUGGACAACAUUUCAUCUCGAGAAGAUAUAGACUCUGCCGAGUACUAUCUUUACAAAUUUCGACACAGUCCCAACUGCUGGUACUUGAGAGACUGGACCAUCCACACGUGGAUUAGACAGUGUCUGAAAUACGGAGCACAAGACAAAGCCUUGUAUACACUUGUUAAUAAGGUUCAGUAUGGAAUUUUUCCAGAUAACUUUACAUUCAACUUACUGAUGGAUUAUUUCAUAAAGAAAGAAAAUUAUAAAGAUGCUUUGUCUGUGGUUUUUGAGAUCAUGAAGCAAGAAGCCUUUGAAGUGCCGUCCACCCAGUUCCUCUCCCUCUAUGUUUUAUACCAUUGCCUAGCAGAGAAGACAGACCUCACGUGGGAAGAAGAAAGAGACUUCGGUGCGUCCCUAUUGCUUCCAGGCCUAAAACAAAGGAACACAGUGGGCUUGAGUUCCCAGCUGUAUGGCUACGCACUUCUCGGGAAGGUGGAACUGCAGUGUGGGCUGCGGGCUGUCUACCACGGCAUGCCUCUGAUUUGGACACCAGGCUACCUCGACAGAGCCCUUCAAGUGAUGGAGAGGGUGGCCUCCUCCCCUGAAGAUGUCAAGCUGUGUAGAGAAGUGCUCGAUGUGCUGGACGGAGUCCUGAAAGUGGUGAUGUCUCCAGACGGCCAGACUUCAGAGACACAGCCCCAGGAGGGCGAAGACGGCUUGGGCUCAGCAAACCUGGUGGAGCAGCUGGACACUGAGGAACCAGAGCAGUCCAGGCUGCCCCAGUACCUGGAGCGGUUUCAGGCCUCUCGGUCCAAACUACAGGAGUUGAACAGAGUGGAGUCGGAAAGUCUUCUGACUCUGACCACGCAGCUUGUAAAAGAAAACCUCUCCGCCUGUGAAGCCCAGGACCUGGCCACUUACAAGCAGAAACUUCAAGAGUGGCACCAGGAGCGGAUGCAGUUGGUCCAGAGGGAACAGGAGCAGAGGGAGAAGGCCAAGCAGGAGUACCAGUCGCUGAGUGCAGUGGAGAAUGCAGCCUGAAGUGCCCCAGGCCACCCCAGCCUUCUGCCAGGAUGGGACUCGGCCUCCGCCUCCAGCUCGCUCUUACAGGAGGCCGUGCAUAGCCUGAAAACCAGGAUGUGCUGUGUCCAAGCCACUGUGUGCCCAUCUAGAUGCCAGGGGCCAGGGAACUAAGAAAGUGGCAAACGGUCGGGCUGAAGCCACAGCUACAUCUCUUACAGGGACCGUCAAGGCUCGCGGUGGAGUCCUGGGCACAGACUAGAAAUAUCGGGGGAGCAUGACGGGAAGCCGUAGCUGAAGAAUUGGGUCUGCAGCACAGGUGUCUGAAUGGUUUCCUGCCCUUGCCCAUGUUCAUGGAGAGCAAUGAGCUCCAUGUCCUGAUGUUGGUAAACCGAGAGCCACCCAAUUCCAGAACCAGGCGCUCCUUUAGCCUGCGUCCGGUAACUCAGCGCCAGUGGCCACAACGUGACCAGCCGUCAACUGUGACACUUCCACUGUUAACACCGGCUUCAUAUUCUCCCUGUGCAUGGGCACCAUAUAGAAAGCCUUUGUAAAGCCUGCACCUUCAUGACCUUGCCGUCCCUGCUCAGAGGCUGCCUUUUGUAUACCUGCCUCCCCAAUAAAUCUUACCCACGUAA